CAGGCAGUUCUCUCGGAGAGACAGAGGGAACUAAGGAGGGGGAGUCCAGCACGGAGCCAUUUUCUCAGAGGAGCCCCUGGAACGUGCAUGGGAAGAGGAUGCAUUGUGAGCUGCUGGAAGAGCCUGACAUGGAUUCCACAGAGAGCUGGAUUGAGAGAUGUCUGAACGAGAGCGAGAGCAAGCGCUUCUCCAGUCACACGUCUAUUGGAAAUAUGUCCAACGACGAAAACGAGGAGAAGGAAAAUAACCGAGCAUCUAAACCACAUUCUACGCCUGCCACAUUACAAUGGUUGGAGGAGAACUAUGAGAUCGCAGAGGGUGUUUGCAUUCCUCGAAGUGCACUGUACAUGCACUACUUGGACUUUUGCGAGAAGCACGAUUCUCAACCGGUCAACGCUGCUAGCUUCGGGAAGAUAAUACGACAACAGUUCCCUCAAUUAACCACGCGAAGACUGGGAACCAGAGGCCAGUCAAAGUAUCACUACUAUGGAAUCGCAGUGAAGGAGAGCUCCCAGUACUACGAUGUGAUGUACUCCAAAAAGGGCGCUGCAUGGGUGAACGAGAUGGGCAAAAAAGAGGUCACCAAGCAGACAGUGGUGUAUUCACCGCGGUCCAAGCUGGGCACUCUCCUACCAGACUUUCCAAAUGUCAAAGACUUAAAUCUGCCCACUAGUCUGCCGGAGGAGAAGGUCUCAACUUUUAUCAUGAUGUACAGAACUCACUGCCAGAGGAUACUGGAUACAGUCAUACGUGCCAAUUUCGAUGAGGUCCAGAGUUUCCUGUUGCACUUUUGGCAGGGCAUGCCGCCCCACAUGCUGCCUGUCUUGGGCUCUUCAACAGUGGUGAACAUAGUGGGGGUGUGUGACUCCAUAUUGUACAAGGCCAUCUCAGGAGUGCUCAUGCCCACAGUCCUACAGGCUCUACCUGACAGCCUCACUCAGGUAAUCAGGAAGUUUGCCAAGCAGCUGGACGAGUGGCUGAAGGUGGCACUACAUGACCUACCCGAGAACUUGCGCAACAUAAAGUUUGAAUUGUCAAGAAGAUUUUCCCAGAUAUUGAAACGACAAACAUCAUUAAACCAUCUCUGCCAGGCUUCUCGAACAGUGAUUCACAGUGCAGACAUCACCUUUCAGAUGUUGGAGGACUGGAGAAACGUAGACCUCAACAGCAUCACUAAACAGACUCUUUAUACAAUGGAAGACACCAGAGAAGACCAGAGAAGACUUAUCAUCCAAUUGCAUCAAGAAUUUGACAGGCUGCUGGAGGAUCAGUCGCCCAUAGAAGCCUACAUUGAGUGGCUGGACUCUAUGGUGGAUAGAUGUGUCAUAAGGGUGGCGGGGAAGAGACCCGGAUGCCUGAAGAGGGUAGCUCAACAGUUCCUGCUCAUGUGGUCGUGUUUCGGGACCAGGGUUAUCCGGGAUAUGACGCUGCAUAGUGCACCCAGCUUUGGCUCAUUCCAUCUGAUCCAUCUCAUGUUUGAUGACUAUGUGCUGUAUCUGCUUGAGUCUCUGCACUCCCAAGAGAGAGCCAAUGAACUGAUGAGGGCUAUGAAAGGAGAGUGCACACCAGCAGAUACUGGGGAAGAGCUGAUGCUAAUGGGCUCCACUCCCACGUCCACGUCACCUGGACCAUACUCGCCUGCCAAGUCUGUUCACUCAGUGGGAGUACCAGCAACAUGUUCCCCCAAUUCAGCCCAGUCUCCAGACAACACCGGCACAUCUACUACAACAGGAGCUGUUCAGUCAUAUACCUGGUCCCUUACAUACACAGUGACAACAUCAGGUGGCAGUCCACCCGAGAGCGGACCCCAGCUUUCCUGCAUGCGAAGCGGACCCCCUGUAAAUACCCCCUCCUCUGCACACAGGAUGCCAGUUUACCCCCAUCGGGAUGAGCAUGGGUAUACUGGCAGCUAUAAUUACAGCAGCUACGCAACCCAGCACCAUCAUGCUAUUCAGAGUCAGUACUCCAGUUUGACCCAUGAACCAGGGCUGCACACCCCACUGCACUAUUCUUCAUACCACCGUACCUCUGCACAGUACCCACUCAAUAGCCAGAUGUCACGAAUGGAGUCUUGUUUGAUGAGUGGCUCUCCAAUAUUACACUCAUCCCCGGUGACCCCUCGCUGGCCGGAUGUGCCCUCAGCCAACAGCUGUUACUCCAGCCCCCCUGUGCACACGGCCCGCUACGGCUCUACCGGAGACAUGUACUCCCCUCUUGCCCCACGCAGGAACUCUGAAUAUGAGCAUGCGCAACAUUUUCCUGGAUUUGCCUAUAUUAACGGUGAAGCCACGACAGGCUGGGCAAAAUGAUUUUACCCUUCACAAGCUGGACUGAGCAGUUGGACCCAUAUUUAAAGGGAAAGUUCAUCCAAAAAUGAAACUUCUGUCAUCAUUUACUUACCCUCGUUUUGUUACAAACCCAUAUAACAUCUUUUGAGUUCCAUGGGAGAGAGAAAAUCAUAUGGGGUUUGGAACAAUGUGAAGUGUUUGAGUAAAUGAUGACCUCAUUUUCAUUUUCAGGUGAAAUAUCCUUAUGUAUUUACUUAAUUACACAGAAUGUAUCUGAGUGGGAAUGAGAUUGUGUCAGAAAUGUUUUUAUUGAGAGUGUUUAGUAGACAGUGUUUACAGUGAAAGCUGCAAAUUAAACUUUCAAUUGCAAUCAUUGUGUGAGUGCAAAAAAGGCAGUGUCCCUUACAAGCAUUUAAACCCACACUCUCAUUUUCUGUGCCAACAUUUUGACCACUGACCUUGUUUUUCUAAGUAAACCUACGCAUCUCAACAGGAUGUUUCACCACAGACUGAGUGUUUGACAUCAUAACGCCACGGUCAUGAUGCCACAGGUUUUACUUUGACACUAACACCAGUUCAAAGUGUGCUACUUCCCCGGCAUAAACAUAAUACAUUCUCAGUAAAUGUUUUUGUUUCACACAGGACACUGUUUGGCCAGCUGCCAGAAUACAGACGUCAUCAUAACAGUUCAAACAAAUAAGGGCCACUAAUGUCAGCACAGAUGCGUACGUAUGUGAAAUUGAGAAUUCAUUAUACAUACUUGCAGAAGUAGCCCAGUGCUGUACAACCCAGCAGGUUUGACUUGCGCUCUUUGUUACAGGCUAUAUUAAUUGUGGGAGAAUUUUAAAGAUCUUUUCUGUAGCUUUGUAACACUGUGUCCCUCUGCAAUAUGUGUAUGAACUGUAUAUCCUGUUUUGUAUGAUUUAGAAACAUGAAAAAAGUGUUAACCUUGGUUUGUGUGUUUGUGAAAGCACUCAAAGGUACUGUGGACCUAUUACCCUAUGGGUAGGAAUAAAAAAGGAAAGAAUAUGAAUAUGUAACAUUUAUUAUCUUUAGUCACUUUCUCUUGUACAGUAUAUAAAAGCACCCAGUAACUUCUCUGGUGACUUAUGCUACCAUGUUGAUAUAUGUGGAAUUAUUUGUUGCCACAUAAAGAUUUUUUAA